UACUUUGGAAUGUGACACUGAUGACUGUAAGAGGAAACUGUGAGGCAGAUCCAGGAUAAUGACUGGAGACACAGGGCAGUUUUCCCUAUGAAUUCCAUAUUUUUUCUCUUUUUAUCUCUGCUUAUUUUUGCAGGGACUACCAAAAAGAAAAUUUCAUCUUCUAAAGACUACCAUAACUUACCUUUACCUGUCAAUGACUUGGAGCAGGACGAUGAUGAGGAAGAUGAUAAUAACUACGUGGUACAAAAUCCUGUGGACCAUGAGAUCUUUUUAGAAACAGGCAUUUCUACAAGUUCACCUGUGUCCAAAGAUGUGUUAAUGCUGAAGAACAGUAUGGAGAAUUUACGGGAAUACUUGAAAUUGCUCUCAAUCAAAAAAGCUGAAGAAGAACAACUAGAUUCUGAAAUAGAGGCUUCAGAAGAAUCCAAAUUUGGACCUCAUUAUCUCAACAUUAUCACUCAAGGCCCAAUGGAGGAAUCACUUAGUGGAGAACAGGAUAACCAAAUUCCUGAAUCCAAUGUGACAGACUAUCACCCAAGAAACAUGUUUUUUAAACCAGUACCAAUGUCAGAUAAGGAUGAUAUUAUUCAACAGAAGGCAGCAAAUGUAGGACGAAAAAAAGACUUAAGGGAAACACUAAUGCUUGCUGUAUCAUCUACAACUCUUAUCAUUUUAAUAAUAUUUAUGAUAUGCUGUGGUGUAACUCUCAACCAGUUCAGCAAACAAAAAAAGGGUUCUGGUAAUAACUCCAACACUUAUGCUGAACAACAGAAACUGAAAUAUCUAUCUUAUUUUCAGCCUUUGGAAGGAGUAUCUGAUUCUUCUUUUUCUAAAACUGCAAAUAGUAGUAGUAUGUGGGAUGAAAAAACACUAUCAGCAAUACAGAGCAAUACGCAGUCAAGACACUCAAAAUCUAGAACAUUAUCCGGUAUACAGUCAGUAGAUGAUGUAUCCUCAAUUUCUGAUGAAUCAACUCGCAGUGGAGCUACUUCAUGUAAAGCCUCAAAUAGGGGAGAAAAUGAGCUGUAAACCAAUCAUCUGAGUGCAGGACUGACAUAACCUUGUACCCUGAUGCUGUUUGGUUUUGAAAAACCUGCAGCUACUUUUAUAAAAAUAGCAUGCAUUUGUGAUUCAUUAAAAAUUAUAACUUACAAUUCCGUGGAGGAAACAGAGCUAACAUUAAAUUCUGGUACAAAGGGGAUAAGGAAAAGGGACUUGAAAUUAAAUCUGGAUCACAAAUGUUUGCAGGAAUACUCUAUAUGCAUCAGAAUCAAGGGUGAAAGGAACAGAACAGGCUCGGCUUUUAAAUACUGUCAUCUGCACAAUGCUACACCUAGGCAAAAGGAAGACUUAGGUCUUUUCAAGGAGCUCUGUUACUGUGAUUUACGAUGGUGACAUGGUAAAGUAAAUUCAAGAGGCCAGAUAAGCCAAUACCAAGGGCAUAUACAGUGUAUGUUUGUAAUGAUGUAAUCUCUGAGCAAUAAAUCACCUUUUUGAAAAAAAAUUCAAUAGCUACCCUGUAUCAAAA